AUGGCUCCUGCUAACGGCGAUAAGGCGGCGAUUCCGCUCAUAAUCAACAAUGAGUCAGUUGUCACGGACAACCUCUUCGAGGUCAAUAACCCUGCGACGGGAGAAAUCCUGUACUCUUGCGCCGGCGCAUCUGUCGAAGAUGCAACUCGCGCGGUGGCAACUGCGAAGGCUGCGUUUCCUAGCUGGAGUAAAACGCAUCCGUACGAGCGCAGAGAAAUCUUGAACAAGGCCGCAGACAUUAUGGAUUCACGAAAGGAGGAGUUUAUCAAAAUCCAAAUGGAAGAGACGGGAGCAGGGCGGCUGUUCGUGGAAAAAACGUUUCUGGGGAGCGUAGCCUUUUUGAGGGAUUUCGCAGGAAUGAUCACCACCGUCGAGGGUAAAUCGCCCGUUGUUCGUGAAAAUGAGCAAAGUGCGCUGGUAGUGAAGCAACCGUAUGGCGUUGUUCUAGGAAUCGCACCUUGGAAUGCACCAUUUAUCCUCGGAACUCGUGCGGUUGCUCUUCCUCUGGCCGCAGGUAAUACCGCCAUUCUCAAAGGUUCUGAAUUGUCACCAAAGUGUUUCUGGGCCAUCGGUGAUGUCUUCAGGGAAGCUGGUCUUCCCGCCGGUUGCUUGAGCGUAAUCUACCACAAGACGGCUGAUGCGCCUGCGGUCACGAAUGCGCUCAUUGCCCAUCCCGACGUGCGCAAGAUUAGCUUCACCGGCAGCACCAACGUUGGCUCAAUAAUUGCCUCUACCGCUGGGAAAUACAUCAAGCCAGUCCUCCUCGAGCUAGGCGGCAAAGCUUCGGCAAUCGUUCUAGAUGAUGCCGAUUUGGAGAAGGCCGCAACUGGCUGUGCAUUAGGCGCUUUACUCCACUCGGGUCAAAUUUGCAUGUCGACGGAGCGCAUAGUAGUGCAGCGCGGAAUUGCAGAGAAAUUCCAGAAAACACUCGCCGAUACAGUUGAAAAACUCUUUGGCAAGAAUGCGCCUGCACCGGUUCUUGUUGCUGCCCCUGCGGUGAAGAAAAACAAAGAAUUGGUGGCCGAUGCACUCGGAAAGGGUGCCAACGUUGUGUUCGGCGACCCUAAUGCUACCGAGUCUUCUGCCAACAGCCUGCGUCCCGUUAUUGUGGGUGGAAUCACCAAGGAGAUGGAUAUCUACGCCACGGAGUCGUUCGGGCCAACAGUAUCUCUUUACGUCAUUGACAGCGAGGAGGAAGCCGUCGCAUUAGCCAACGAUACAGAAUAUGGUCUGUCAUCGGCUGUAUUUACGAGCAACCUGUUCAGGGGUUUGAGAGUGGCCAAGCAGAUCGAAUCCGGAGCCGUUCACAUCAACUCGAUGACGGUCCACGAUGAGCCCACUUUGCCUCACGGUGGAUGGAAGAGCAGUGGAUUCGGCCGCUUCGGCGGCACAGCAGGCUAUGACGAGUGGUUGCAAACCAAAACAAUCACCUGGGUGGAGUAA